GUCGCGUUUCUGCGGUGACGCGUCGGCCGGCGCCGCGGCAGCAAACGACUGGAAUCGCGGCGCGUCGGUCCCGGCGGCGCGGCCGGACGGAAAUAGCAGCGCGCGCGGUGUCACGGCGUGUCGCAGCGCCGGCCGACGGCUGUCCGUCGGGCCGCAGUCGCCGCCGCCGCCCGGACCCGACCGCCCGCCCGCACCUGCCGCCGACCCGCACACUCAGACAACAACCAUGUCGGACGAGGAUGAGAAGUUCUCGGAAGAGACCGGCCUGGAGAAGGAGCAGAUUGUAGUGCUGCGCCGCGCCUUCGAGAGCUUCGACAAGGAUAAGCAGGGCUUCAUCACGGCCGUCACCGUCGGCGACAUCCUGCGCAUGAUGGGCAUCAAGGUCUCCUCGUCCUCACUCAAAGCCAUCAUCGAGGAAAUCGACGAGGACGGUUCGGGAGAGAUCGAGUUCCCAGAGUUCCUGCAGCUGUCGGCCAAGUUCCUCAUUGAAGAGGACGAGGAGGCAAUGCUCAAGGAGCUCAAGGAGGCCUUCCGUCUGUACGACAAGGAAGGAAACGGCUACAUCACCACUCAGACUCUGAAGGAGAUCCUGCACGAGCUCGACCCGCGGCUCACCGAGGAGGAGCUCGUCGGCAUCAUCGAGGAGAUCGACGAGGACGGCUCGGGCACCGUCGACUUCGACGAGUUUAUGGCCAUGAUGACGGGCUGAGCGGCUCCGGUAAGGUCUGGCAGCGACUCCUUCUCACACUCACUCUCUCUCUCACGCGCCACGCCUCUCUCUGGCUCCAUCUCUCCGUCUCGUUUUGCCUCUCCCUGGUGUCCGCGGCUCCCGCUCUCCCCGAACUCACCCGGCCGGCCGCGGCGCUCCGGCCAGCGCGCCUCUGCCCGGCCAUCUGCUCUGCCCAGCUCUGCACAGCCCGGCCAUCUGCUCUGCCCAGCUCUGCACAGCCCGCCUCGACUCCGCGCGCUCUCCGCUCUGCUGGCGACUCUGCUCUGCUGAGGACUCUGCUAUGUGCAAUGUGUACUCCGCGACGCGCUGCUUACAGCUCGGUAUAUUUUCUGUCUGGCUCGGUUUCGCCCUGGCCUUCCCGGUCCCCCGGCCGCUGCCGGAGGCCGGCGCAGCCCGCACAUCAGUCGACAUCAACGCUCCUAUCGCUCGCUGCGCUACCUCGACUCGCCUUCGCUUGCGUGCUUAUCAGAUCUCAUUUGUUUUGUUUUGUUCUCACGAUGUCGACUCUUCAUUCUUUCGUUGCCAAUGCUGUCCCUUUCCCUUUUCUUGAGAACACAUUAAGUAUUAUAUUUUACAAGCAUAACCCAUUGUUUCCAAAACAAUGCUACCAUGUAGUCGUCCAUGGCCCUCAUAGAGGCCGAUCCAUGUUUCCAUAAUUUUUUCUUCUUCUGCGCCUUGCCAUUUUUACCAUAGUGCAUUGUUGACGUGCAUUGUUAAACCUGACGGCAUUGUCCGUGUCAUUAUGCUUGUCGAAAAGGGUGCAACGGUACGCCGUUAUAGGGAAGCAAUACACGAGACCACAACGAAA